AUGAACGACGAGAAGAAAGGUAAGAUCGGAUUAGAGAGAUCGCAAUCAAUAAUUUUUGUUGUUUUUCGUUGAGUGGAAAAAACAAAAAUUUUCUUGUUUCAUCCUUCAGGAAUUCAAUACUUCGUGUUUCAGAUGGAUCGGAGGUAGUGAAUUGUGCGGAUUUGAACUUGAAAGAGACCAAAUUUGCUAGUUUAAAUAAUUGUCGACAAGAAGCAUCGACCUCCGCCAGUUGUUCUACUUUGCCCAGACAGAUUCGCUUCUCAGAGACGUCGCCCACUGUCAAAACGAGUUCUCCUAGACCACAGGUGGACGGGAAGCCGAAUAUGGUUCGGCUGACCAUGCCCACCCACAAUAUUCCACAUGUCUGGUCUGACAAACGGUGCAAGAAUCCGAAUAAACGCAAAUGUGGAGUUUGUGGAGGAACGAUGGGCUUCUUCUCGACCUACGAGAAAUGUAGAAGUUGCAAGUAUGUUUUAUAUUGUGAAACUUAAAAGUUUAGUUGUUGAUUGUACUUGUAAUGUGUGAGUUAAGUUUUUCUUGCUUAGCAUUUUUUUGUGAUUGUAGUUUAUUAAGAACAAUUUUUGAAAUUUUAGGUAACAAAUGUAUGUAUAUUUUUUUAGUUUUGAUUUAAUUUGGUAUUUUUCAGAAUUUGUGUGCACAUUGAAUGCAAACCACGUGUACAAGAUAACUGUGGUUUAACAUCUAAACAUUUUAAAGAAAUCCUAACACAUAUGGUAAUAUCAGCACGUCAAGUAAGUGUUAUUAUUCGUUUUAUACGAAGUUUAGGAUAAUUGGGCUUCGCCUAGCAUCGGUACGUCAAAAUCGAUGAAUGACAUGCCUGUGAUCCAGUACAACGAAGUUCAGACACCUACGGUUGCUGACAGUUCAUCUUCAACCAACAGUUCUGCCCCAUCAACGCCUGCUUUUGUAAAUCAGGUGGGGCCGGUGCCAACAAUAGCUGUUCAUCCUCCUUCUACUUCAACUACAGCCUACGACCGAUUAGCUGCACCUCCAAGAACAGCAGACCUGCCCUCACGGUCAAAACAGUUCACGUUCCCUGAUGUUCCAAAUUCUUCUGGAAACGAGUCGGAUUCAGCGCAUUCAACCACUAGUAAUGGUACUAUCCACUUUGGUGGACAUAAGUGGGACAGACGGGCUUGGAACAUGUUUACGAUAAGACACGGAUCAAUGUCCUGGAAAGACGUCACUAUACCCAUCAAGGACAUUAUCAUUAACAAGAUUAUUGGAAGUGGCAGAUUCGGCGACGUAAGUUUUUUGUAAACUUUGAAAAGUAUUUCUGAAAAUUAGGCACUUUUUGUCUUUUAAAUUUAAGUAACUUCAGUUGAAACACAAUUAUUAAUUUAGGUAUAUGAUGUUGAGCACUUUGGUACGGUAGCGAUAAAGUUUCCUCACAUGGAUCACGUAGACCCAGAAAAGCGAAUCGAAGCUUUUAAACAAGAAACAGCUUGUUUCCAAAACGCUCGGCAUGAGAAUCUGAUAUUCUUUGUUGGCUACACAAUGGACGCGAGUAUGUUAGGUGUGGUCACAGAAAGAAUAAGAGGACCAUCCUUAUAUACCAUCAUUCAUGAGGACAGUUUGAGCCAUAGGAUAGACUUCAACGACAUUCUCGACUACGCCAAACAGAUUUGUCAGGUUAGUUAAUUUAAUUUCUGGUUUUGGUAAUUUUUAGUUUAGUACAACUUAUUGGUUUGAAAUAUAUAUUUUUAGGGAAUGUCCUAUUUGCACACCAAGAACAUUGCUCACAAAGACUUAAGGACGAAGAAUAUAUUUGUUGAGAACAGAAAGGCCGUCAUAACAGAUUUUGGACUGUUCAAUAUCAAGAGACUAGCUUAUCCUAAAUGGUAAGUCUAUGACAGUUUUUUGGGGUAAAACAAGAUUGAUUAUAAAUGCCUAAUUAAGCGUUGUAUAAUGUUUAUUUUAUAAUCUACCUUUCAGUACUCAUGGCUUCCUAGUACCUAUAAAUUGGGUCAGUUACCAAGCUCCAGAAGUACUGCGAUCUCUUACACCAAGCCUUGAUCCUAUCUACUUCAACGAGAAAACAGAUGUGUAUUCGUUUGGGUAAGUGAUUUCUGUGAUGAUGUUUGAGGUUUAGAACUGUUUGGUACGAGUUGAUAGCUCAAAAGUUUCCGUUCAAUAAUCUCAACAGUGAGGUUAUCAUAUGGCAGAUUUGCAACGAAGGCAAAGCCCCGAUUGGCAAGAUUAAUGUUUGUCGGGAAGCCAAAGUACUGUUGAUGCAAUGUUGGGCCCUCAAACCGCACGACCGCAAACCGUUUGUGGACGUGCUCAAGAGCUUGGAGUCCAUGCCGAGGAAAGCCCUGAGGCGCAGUCCGUCGUUCCCUGUUUGCAAAAGUUUUGAGUCUAUUUUCUAG